AUGUUGUCGGACACAGUGGCGCCCGACACCGUGGCGUCCGACGCCGCCGCGGGGUGGGUCGAGGGCGCGGCGAUACUCGGCGCCGUCGCCGUCGUCGCGACCGUGACCGCGAUCAACGACUACCAGAAGCAAGCGCAGUUCGAAGCGCUGAACGCGGUCGCGGAGAGCACGGAGACGACGCUCGCGCGCCGCGACGGCGCGGAGGUGAUAGUACCAAACGCGUCGCUCCUCGUCGGGGACGUGAUCCUCCUCGAGGCCGGCGACGUCGUCCCCGCGGACGCGGUCCUGAUCCAGACCAUCUCCGACGUCGUCGUGGACGAGUCGCACAUGACGGGCGAGAGCGAAGACGUGCGGAAGAGCGCGGACGCGUCGCCGGUGUUGCUGUCGGGAUCGAAAGUCCUUCAAGGCCGGUGCGCCGCGCUCGUCGUCGCCGUCGGGAUGAACUCGCAGAUGGGGCUCAUCACGAAGCUGGUCCGCGCGCAGGAAGGGGAGGGCGGGAUGGAAACUGAACGCAGCGACGACGACGACGACGACGACGACAGAAGGAGGCUCGCGUCGACCGAAGCGGCGGCGGCGGCGGCGGCGGCGGCCGGAGGAGGCUUAGGCGCGUUCUCCUUACACUGGUUACCAUACGACCGCACGAAGACGGUGCUGCAGUCCAAGCUCGAGACGCUCGCGCGCGACAUCGGGCGCGUCGGGUUCUUCGCCGGCGCGAGCUGCACGCUGAUCCUCUCCGCGUCGUUCACGCAGCGGACGUUCCUCGGCGGGCUCGGCGCGGGCGACGUCGCGACCGCGGCGACGUGGGAGUGGGCGUAUCUCAACGACUACGUGCACUUUUUCAUCCAGGGCGUCACGAUCGUCGUCGUCGCCGUCCCGGAGGGUCUCCCGCUCGCGGUCACGCUCGCGCUCGCGUUCAGCGUGCGGCGCAUGCUCGACGAUAACAACCUCGUGCGGUAUUUAGGCGCGUGCGAGACCAUGGGCGGCGCGACGACGAUUCUGAGCGAUAAGACGGGGACGUUGACGCGAAACGAGAUGACCGUGUCUCGGGUCUGGGCCGCGGGGAGGUCGCGCGGGCCGUUCCUCGAGCGGUGCGCUGACGACGCGCGCCUGUGGCGGGAGCUCGCGAGCGCGAUAUGCGUCAACUCCACCGCGCGGUUCACCGUCGUGGACGUCGACGAGGCCACGGGGGAACAAAAAGGCGCCAGGACGGAGACGGCGCUUUUGCAGUUCGCGACGGGGCUCAUGCGCGACCGAGGGUACGCGCAGCUGCGAAGAGACGCGUGCGUCGUGGAUAAGGUGCUGCCGUUCACGUCCGCGAGGAAGCGGAUGUGCUCGUUCGCGUGGACGCCAGACGACCGCCGCGGAGGGCGCUACCGCGUCUACGUGAAAGGCGCAGCCGCGGACGUCCUCUCGCUGUGCGACUCGCAGCUCGCGCGCGACGGCGUCGCGAUCGAGCCGCUGGAACUCGACGCGUUCCGAGCGAGCUCGCUCGAGUGGGAGAAGCGCGGCGUCCGCGUCAUGGUCGUCGCGUUCAAAGACUUCGAGUCCGGGUUCGACCCCUCGACGUUGCGCGCGUCCGCCUCGGGUGCGUUCUAUCUCACACUGCGCGGCCUCACGCUCCUCGCCGGGAUCGGUCUGGAGGAUCCGAUACGCCCGGAGGUCCCCGGCGCGAUCGCGCGGUGCCAGCGCGCGGGGAUUUGCGUGCGCAUGGUCACCGGGGAUUCGCUGCCGACCGCGGUGGCGGUGGCGCGCGGGUGCGGGAUCCUUCCGCCGGCACCGGCGCGCGGCGGCGACGGCGACGGCGACGGCGACGGCGACGACGAGAAGGCGUCUCUGGAUGGCGUGGCGAUGGACGGCGAGGCGUUCAGAGCGCGCACGCGCGACCCGGUCACCGGCGCGGUCGAUCAGGAGAGGAUGGACGCGGUGUGGCCGAGACUCCGCGUCCUCGCGCGGUCGUCCCCGGAAGACAAGUACGCGCUCGCGACGGGCAUCAUGCGAUCGAAACGCUUCGAAAAAGAACGCGAACGCGAACGCGGCGGAGGAAGAGGAAGAGGAAGAGGCGGCGGCGGCCGCGAGGUCGUCGCCGUGACCGGCGACGGCACGAACGACGCGCCCGCGCUGAAAGACGCGGACGUCGGCUUCGCGAUGGGCGUGUGCGGCACCACCGUCGCGAAGGACGCGUGCGACAUCCUCCUCCUGGACGACAACUUCGCCUCCGCGGUGAGCGCCGUGCGGUGGGGGCGCAACGUGUUCGAGUCGAUUCAAAAAUUUCUCACCUUUCAGCUCACGGUGAACGUCGCCGCGGUGGCGACCGCCUCCGUCGGCGCGCUGCUCAUCGGCGAGUCCCCGCUCACCGCGACGCAGAUGCUGUGGCUAAACCUCAUCAUGGACUCGCUCGCGGGGCUCGCGCUCGCGACGGACGCGCCGACGGACGCGCUGUUAUCGCGGCCGCCGUGCUCGUCCGAGGCGUCGAUCAUCACGCCGCGGAUGCGUUGGCACGUCGCGUCGCAGGCGACGUAUCAGCUCGCGGCGAUGACGUGCCUCGUCGCCUACGGCGACGCGUGGUUCCGCGUCGACAGCGGCCGAGGCGCGUACGGCUCGCUCGCGCCGCCCACGACGCACUACACCCUCGUCUUCAACGCGUUCGUGCUGUCGCAGCUCGUGAAUCAGAUCAACUGCCGCGUCGCGAACGACGCGACGUUUAACGUGUUUCGAGGGAUUGAAAAGAACGCGACGUUCACCGCGAUGUUGCUGUGCGAGGUGGCGAUGCAGGCGCUCAUCAAGGGCGGCGCGGCGUUUCACACGUCGCCGCUGACGGCGGAGCAGUGGGGGUGGUGCGCGGCGAUCGCCGCGGGGGGACUUCCGCUGCGAGCGGCGGUGACGGCGCUCGUGAACGCGCGCGAAGAGCGAGAAGAAAUAGACGACGACGACGACGACGACGCGGACGACGACGACGCGGACGACGCGGACGCGGAUUCGAAGAAGAAGAAGAUGAAGAGGACGUUGACGUCGAGGGCGAAGCCGCUUCGGGAGUGGCUGGACUUCUGGCGGUGGGUCGAGAUGAAACUCUUCCGCGGGCUGUUCUGA